AUGGAGAAGGAAAGAACCUCUGGCGAGGUCGAGAGACCCGAACAGGCCGAGCCUGUCCUGCCCGUCGUCAACCCGGCACUCGAGAAGCCUGCUCCUCCUCAGAGCAGCAUCCACCCCGCCCUCUAUGUUGUCGUCAUCCUCUUCAACAAGUACAUUCUCGACAAGAACAAGCUGAACUUCCGUGAGUCUUCUGUUCAAGCAACCACAAGCUCGCACGAGCUCACUGUCUCGUAG